AAUUGACCGUUGAUGGUGGAGAGAGAGAGAGAGAGAGAGAGAGAGGACCACAGUGAAGUUAAGCAGACUCGUGCUUCUUCUUAAACCACCACACCUGCUGCUGUCAUGAGUCAUCAGUCUUCGUCAACUAACAACGUCUACGUACCUGCAGCAGCCAUUUUACAGUAGUGCUCCAGCGAGUGGUUAGCGCCUGAAAAAUAAACGACGAUGGUUGACAUCAUAAUGGAUUAAGAUUUAAGAUGGUCUUACUACUUGUUCAAUGGCAAAGACAAAGUGCUGGUUUGGUUGGGUCAAGAAGCUCUUCACUUCUGAAGCAAACUCAAAGACACAAAAGAAAUCGAAGAACUGGAAAUGGAUUUUCGGGAAGUUGGAGGUACUUCCUCAGUACCCUGCACAGCCUGCACUGAUCACAGCAUCAUCAUCAGAGAGAGCAGUACUGCUCAGUGAAGCAACAGAAGAGCAGAAAAGACAUGCUUUCACUGUUGCAAUUGCAACCGCUGCUGCAGCAGAGGCAGCAGUAGCUGCUGCCCGUGCUGCAGCUGAGGUUGUGCGCCUUACUACUACUUCAAAAUCUCGCCACUAUCACACAAAGUUUGAUAGGAACUUGGCCGCCAUUAAAAUUCAAAGCGUUUAUCGCGCACAUCUUGCAAGGAAAGCAUUGCGAGCGUUGAAAGGACUCGUACGAGUUCAAGCAAUUGUUCGUGGCAGAGCUGUGAGACGACGACAAGCAGCUACCACUUUGAAGCGUUUGCCGUCCAACAGAAAAGGAAAUGAGGGGCAGGCAGAGGUUUGCCAAAGGAGCAUUCUUACUACACACGAGAUAUGUAGUGAUGGUGAAAACAAACAGCUGAUCAGCAAGACAAAAAGGGAGUGGGAAGAAAAUGAAACACCACUUCAAUGUAGCAGCCAGAGAGGGUGGGAUUUCAGUAUAAUUUCACAGGAAGACAUGGAAUCCGUACGGCUAAGAAAGCAAGAGGCUAUGACCAAAAGAGAUAGGAUGAAGAAAUACUCUUUUUCUCUACGGGAAAGCAGAAAUGUGCAAAUGUUAGAAGAUUCAGCGAGCAUCAACGAAACUGGAACGCUAAUCCUUCAUUCAAAUCUUAGUGCUAGUACUGGAGCAUUGUUUGGGAGAUCACAAGUUAAACCGCAACAUGUGAGAAAUGAAGAUUCAGUGGAAAGACCGACCCCAAAAUUUCUGGUAUUGCCAAGGAGAUCAUUUUGCAAUGUAGAAGCGGAACAGAACAAUUCUGUUCAUGAUCAACAUUACAUGGCUGUGACAGCAUCUGCCAAGGCAAAGACACGGUCGCUAAGUACCCCGAAGCACCGCCUAGAAUCCCAGGAUCGACACAACUAUGGGAUUUCUCUUUCUUCUUCUUAUGAUGCUGAGUCUGUUAGCAAGAAUAGCAAGAAUGGAUGGGGUUCUUUGGCAGAUAUGUUGAAGCAACAUCACCAUAAACAACGUUGAAAAAUAAGAAGUCUAUCGUCAAAUUUUCCUCCCGGAGAUCAAUGUGAAGUUUAGGGUGAACAGUGAUCUGAAAACAAGGAGGCUGAAUUCAGUUCUAUAUCCGCCAAGACUUUCAAAGAUGACGAUGCAAUUUUAUUGACCCUUCAACACUGUAGUCAGGUUUCCGAUGUGGGACUUUUACAUUCGUCAAGAAAUAUUUCAAGAGAGAGGAAUGUGUGAACGGGCUGUUGGAGAUUGAAGGAAUUUGUAAAAUCUGAGGAUGGUUUUUUAUUUUGUUUUGGAUAUUGUUUUUGUUUGGAGGAUUUUGUGUCUAAGAAUUUUGAGGAAGAAAAUAAUGCUAUGAAAGGCAUUGUUUCGGUUGGAGUGCAAAUAAUAUCCAUCUUCCAUGUCCCUUAACUUUACAUGCCCAAAGCUAGUGCA